AUGCGCGGCGGAGUUCUCAGAGACGUCUCGCUCGCUGACCUUGGGCUAAGCUACACCUUCUGCAAGAUCUUGAGAGACCUCUUCCAAGUCCACGUCCUGGCCGUGGAGUAUCCUGGAUAUGGAGUUUGUCCUGGCGCCUGUGAUGAGGCGGGUGUCAUGGCAAACGCCUCCGCAGCCAUGGAGCGCAGCAUGAGCGAUGGGAGCACCCCUGAGCCGGGCUGGCUGAGCUGCUUCAAGGGCAAGGCCCCACCUUCAGAGGUGGCCCGGGCCUGGCUCCACAGCCUGAGCCCGCGGAGCCGGGAAGAGGCGAAGGCGGACGCCCCCAGCGCCCGCGCCCGGCUGCGCCAGGCGCUCACGGCGUCUGGAUGCGCGGAGGUGAAGGAGGACGCCGCCAAGGGCUAUGUCUACACCGGCGCGGUGCUGCGGGCGGCCGACGAGGUCUUAGGCAUAAGGCCGCCGAAGGCACAGGGCAACCUGCGAGGUGCGGCCUCCGGCGACGGGGCGCCCGUGGGCUCGCGCUGCGUGCUCAGCGCCGGCCCUGGCAAGCUGGGCCUCUGGUGGAGUGACUUUCAGACCGCCUGCCGCCCCUACGAGCUGCUCGAGCGCGGGAUCACCCACAGGCUGAACAUGGCGGCGGAAGUGGUCAAGAAGUUUCCGGCCGACAUCGAGGGGCUGGAGACCCUGCACGUUCCCAUGCGCGACGCCUUCAGCAACGAGCAUGAGGUAAACGAGGGCAGCGUAGACGAGUGGGCGCAACAGCUGGGGGAGACCCUCGAGGUCCUCCAGCGGCUCCGCGACGCGGGGGCCAGCGUCAACGUGAGCUGCCAGAUGGGUAAGAACCGGAGCGCUGCGGCGGUGCUGGUGUGGAUGUGUAGUGAGUGCGGCUGGAAGCUGGAGGAUGCCGUGGAGCACCUGCGGGGCAUCACCGCGCUGGCCUGCGGGAAUCCCUACCUCAUCGAAGCCGUGGCGAAGUUUCUGAAGGUCGACGCGAACGUGCCGCUGAAUCCGGCCGGGGACGAUGGCCACUGGAUCUGCAUUUCUCCUCCGGGCACACCCGUGGCUGGGGCAGCUCCGAAGGUGGACCUGGCCAUGGCGGCCGCCGAGGCCGAGGCGCAACUGCGCCAUGCGGAGCCCGAGGAGGAGGAGGAAGAUGCAGCGGCUGCAGAGAUGGCGGAGCUCUUUGCCGGCUUCUGCAUUAAGCUCUUCGGCCGUUCCUUGGGCACUGGCCCCACCAUGGCUUUGGCAGCCAAGCAUGAGGUUGCUGGGGUCAUCCUCAUCAGCCCCUUCACCAGCAUCAAGGAUCUCUUUCAGGGACAGGUGGGCUUCCUUGCGGACAUGGUCGAGGACCGCUUCUGCAACAUCGACCUUGCGCCCAGGAUCUCCAGCCCCACUCUGAUCAUCCAUGGGAUGCAGGACGCCCUGGUCCCUCCCGAGCACGGUCGCAAGGUUUAUGGCGCCAUCACAUCUAGGCGCAUGCUUGUGACCCCCAACAACAUGAGCCACAACACCUCGCUUCUGAAAGAUGUUGCAACCUUCAUCCUUCCCAUGACCCACUUCUUCUCCCUGCCAGACUACACCUUCGAAGAACUUGAGGUGCCGGACUGGGUUUUCCCAAGCACUCCAAAGGAGGAACAGGCACAGGACAACCACGAGGAACUAGUCCAGAUGCUCAGGCAAGCGAACCAGACACCCGGGUGGCUGGCCUCUGCCAGCUGGCUCUGCGGGCGUGCCGCGUGCAACCAACCGGGCCGAGGUAUGGACGAAAGUGUAGUUGAGCCCAUCACAC